CGGUUUGUGACCGGUGUGUGUGUGUAUGUGUAUGUGUGUGUCUCUCGACAGGAGGACGACUUACUUCCAAUUAUCCUCUCGCACACAGCGAUUUUUCCUCCCGUUUUCAGUGUCCCCGGGAGCGGAGACCUCCACGGCUUAUCGCGGGACCGUGUCACGGACUUUAUUCGUUUACCAGUUUGUUUUCUGGGGAAUUUAUCGCGUCUCUCAGCGAGCUAAGCUAGGUAUCGAGCUCGCGAGCUAAUACUGGAUUUUCGCAAAUUCUCCACACUCGAAAGUUGCACAGACGAAAGAAAUAACUGCUCUCCCCCGGAUAAAUCCAUUUGGAAUUAUUUAUAAACUCUCUUCCAGUCCGGACGGCUUCAUAAGAAGAAGAUAAAAGGCCACCGUUACCUCAGCGAAGCUAACGAGCUAAUAUGAAGUUAGCCAGCUAACGCUCUCGUGUGCAAGAAAACAUCCUCCGAGCGAGCGGUUUAUAUGAAUUUUGGAUAGUUAAAAGCUUUCUGAUGUCGGGUUGAUCAGGUCUUUGAGCUUUUGUUUUCAUAUUGAAUGACUGAGCUGUCUCGGGGAGUGGUGGGUUGAUGAUCUGUCCUGCAUACUUCAGCCAAACCCACUCACCUUAUUAAUCUUCAUUAGGGUUUAGCAUUUACGUUAGUGCGUUUUGUGCCCUUUAAUAUAGAAGUCAUUGCCAGUUAAUCUAGAAACGCAUGUCUUAUUUUUGGGGGAGGAUAGAUUAGCUGGUCCAACAGGUUGUUAGUUAUAUUAGCGUUGUUUUUUGGCCAGGCCUAUGGUUGUGAAGGGGGAUGAGGAUGAAUUGUGUAGGGAACGAGGUGUAACAGCUCAAAUUGUGGACUGUCAUCUUAAAAAACAGAUUUGUAUGGAAUUGGGCAGCUGGUUUGGCAUCAUGGGGGUCUUGCUAGGGGGCAUGAAGUCGUCUACAUAGUGUCUAACUAGUCAUUUUGACGUUAUGAAGUCGGUCAACAGGACAGCCUCGUCUUUUCUUAGAGUUUUUCGUGUUACUAUGUGCGUUGUUCUCCUGAUAAUUCAUUAGAAAGAUAGGAGAAUUGGAGCAACAGGCCAGUCUGGAUCAAGAAACCCUGUCUUUCGUCUCUGGUUGGAGUAGCACUCCCAAGCCGUCCUCAAUGCCUUCAGCGCUGGCCGUGUUCACCUGUCGCCCGAAUUCACACCCGUUUCAGGAACGUCACGUCUACCUGGAUGAGCCGGUCAAGAUCGGGCGCUCCGUGGCCCGGUGUCGCCCUGCCCAGAAUAACGCCACCUUCGACUGCAAGGUGUUGUCCAGGAAUCACGCUCUGGUGUGGUUCGACCACAAGACGGGAAAGGUAAGUCGGGGUAAUACUGCCUUUCUGUACAGCUUAUAUAAAACCUGCACUCAAAAUAGUUCCAGUCUGCACAUGGACUCGGUUAGAACGUCAGGAAUUUUUUAUCAGUCUCUGGAUAUUUUUGAUCAUAAAACACUCUCUUUUAAGACAUUCACUCAUGGCUGUAUAGUGUCGACCAUCAAGCUCUUCUUACCAGAUGGCAUGGAAGCUCGGCGGCGAUCAGAUGUUGUUCCGGCACCACUGCCACUGGCUAUUGAUAAGGUGUCCGCAAAUACACCCAGUAUGUAUUCUCAGGAACUGUUUCAGCUCUCCCAGUACCUGCAGGAGGCCUUACACAGAGAGCAGAUGCUGGAGCAGAAGUUGGCUACUUUACAGAGGCUGCUGCACAGCACACAGGAAGCAUCAGAGAGCAGCUGGCAGGCUUUAAUCGAUGAAGACCGGUUACUCUCUAGAUUGGAGGUGAUGGGGAAUCAGUUGCAAGCAUAUUCAAAAAACCAAACAGAAGAUGGUAUCCGAAAGGAGCUUGUAGCCUUAACAGAGGACAAACACAAUUAUGAGACGACAGCCAAAGAGUCCCUGAGGCGGGUCCUUCAGGAGAAAAUCGAGGUGGUCAGGAAGCUGUCCGAGGUGGAGAGGAGUUUGAGUAACACAGAGGACGAGUGCACACACCUGAGAGAGAUGAAUGAACGCACACAGGAGGAGCUCAGAGAACUCGCCAACAAAUACAAUGGAGCGGUCAAUGAAAUCAAGGAUCUCACAGAAAAGAUCAAGGCAUGUCUGCCGUUCACCCAAUGUCCCCUGCAGGAGAAAAGCAUAAAGGAAAACAACAGUUUAGACCACUUUCUUUUAAAGAGUGGAGGAGACUGCACUUUAAUCCAACAGUACAUUGAGUGUCAAUGUGAGUACACAGCAUUCUUUCCAACGUCUUCCUCAGCCGUACUAAUAAACCAUCUUAUGAAUCAACACCAACGCAGGCAGCAGUUAUUCUCCUUUUACUCUGUAAAGGGAGGAAGUGGUCUCUUCCGCUCUGCCUCCAUAGAAAACCAAAUAGACGCUAAAGAGAGCGAUAUGUCAGAUACCCUGAGCCCCAGCAAGGACAAAAGCAGUGACGACACGUCAGACGGACAGAUGGAUGAACAAGAACUGAACGAGCCCCAGAACAGGGUUUCUCUUCUGAAAGAAAUGGACAGGAACCUGGAAGCUGGAGACACUGAGCAGGUCAUUCCACACUUCCACCGAGAGCUGCAGGAGGCCCAAGAGCUCGCCAACACUGGCAAACAGAAAUGCCUCGAGCUGCAAGCUCUUCUGGAGGAAGAGAGGAGAACCAACAGACAGCAGACUGAAGAAUCUGCUAAACAGAUCCGCUUCUUACAGACUCAACUGGCGAAGCUCCAGUCUGACAUGGAGGCUUUGCGUGAGCAGAGAGAGAACACUAUCACCACCACCCGCGAGGAGCUCUACAGCGCCCAGGAGGAGAUCCUGUUGCUCCGGCAUGCCAUGGAGGCCGCCACUGCUGAGCGGGAACGCGAGAUCGCCGCCCUGCAGGGAGACCUGAGCGCCGUCGCCGCCGAACUGGACAAAUGGAGACAGACGGCAGCCAAGUACGAAGUGGAGAUCAGCAACCUGCAGGCCAGCUUCCAGCUCCAGAGCCAGCACCAGGAAAGAGCUAGCCAACUCCAAGGUGAAUUGGAGAAGCUUCAGGCCGAGUGCUCUAGUCUGCAGAAUGAAUGUGACAGUCUGCGGGCUGAGAAGACAACACUGAUGCAGAAACUCCACAGACUAGAGGAAGAACUCGACAGCUCCAGAGAGCGGAGUGCAACGUUGAGCAGCAGCCUAAACGCUCUGGAGAAAUCCCAGGGUGACCUGGAGAAUAAACUGGGCUCAAUACGAGACCAGCACCAACAGGACGCUAGCAAACUGAAGAUCCAACUGGCUCAAGCCGAAAGCCACACCAGAGACCUGCAGAAGGAGUACGACGACACCCAGAAUCUGCUCUCAGAUCUCCGGCAGCAGUAUGAGCAGACGGAGCAGGAGAAACACUCCAUCAACGACGAGCUGGAACAGUGCAAGGUCAACCUCAAGUUCCUGCAGGAGAAGGGCAGCAAUAGCGGUUGGAUGCCCUGGAUGCCGGUGGUUGCUGCUGUGGUUGCCGUGACAGCAGUGGUGCUUUAUCCCAACUUGUCCAAGAGCUCCUCCUGAGAACCAAUCAGAACACUCGUCUCUACCACCCAGCACGGCCCCCUGUCCAAUCCCAGUGUCAGCUUUAGUCCGGCCACACGGUCUAAACCUGAACGUAAUACCUCUUGUUUUGACAAUACAGCCCCAAUGUCUGUGUAAAAUGCAAAUGUAUAUAGUAUAGAAAGAAAGAGGGAAUAAAGUUGUAACGCAUAUUAUAGAAUAAAUAAUCUAUCAGCAUUUU